UGGCUGCUGCUGCUGCUGCUGCUGCGCGGUGCUGCCUCUCCUGCGCUCCGGGAAGGGAAGCGGCGAUCCAGCUCUGUGCAAGCAGCGGCGGCAGCGAGCGGAGGAGAGCGGGGAGGAGAGCGCAGGCCGCGGAGGAGCUGGCGGAGGGCCGGGCUGAGCUGCGUGCGGUUGCCGAGGGCGGAGAGCAGGAGCGAGAGGCGCAGCUCAUUCAUUGCAGCAGCAGCAGGAAGCCGGCUCGGCUGCAAGGAGCCGGCAAGCGGCGUCGGCGCCCACGCGCAUUUUCCCCGCUCCAAGUCCGAGGCGGCAUCAUCGCCGACAGCGGAGGAGAGCGUUCUCACCUCUCUUGGGCCUUCAUGAAGAAACGGCUUGGUAGACCAUUGGGAAGCCACCUUCCUUGACGCGCCACCCCAGCGAUGCCCUGGAACAUCAAAUGGCUGGGCAGCUACAGCAGCCACAGCUCCCAGUCCCAGAAGCAGUGCAAGAAGUCCUCCUUUGCCUUCUACCAAGCGGUGAGGGACCAGCUGCCCGUGUGGCUGUUGGAGGACAUGAGGCGCAUGGAGGCCUUCCACUGGCAGGAAGGGGGCAAAGUCAGCACCUACUCCCCUUCCGAGGCCCUCCUCUACGCCCUGGUGCAUAACCACCAGCCUUACGCCCGCUACCUGCUGAGCAACUUCCCUCAGAGUGCCCUGGCUAUCCCCAGCCUUCACUUCAGCUGCUGCCAUUCCUCCGCUCCUCACUUGGCCAUGGCUGUGCGCUACAACCGUGUCCACAUCCUUCUGGAGAUCCUGAAGGCCAUCAGAGACUUCCCGGCGAGCGACCGGGCCAGCUAUUUGGACCGCAGAGGGUGCAGCCGAGUGGAAGGAGGCAAGACUGCCCUCCAUGUGGCUUGCGAGCUGGUGAGGCCUGAGUGUUUGCUCCUGCUGCUGGGCCACGGGGCCUCACCCUGCCUUGUUGACUGCAUGGGGAACACGCCCUUGGACCUCCUCCUGCAGCAGAUCUGGGAGAGCCCGGCCUCGAACCUGCGCACCAAGCUGCUUCUCCUGGACUCCCUGUUCCUCUUUGUGCCUCAGGGCUCCCACUGUGCCAUGAAGGAGCAGCUGCUGCAGGACUCUGAGCAAUGGCAGGACCUGCUGGGGAAGCCCAGGUUCCAGUGGCUGGCGGGCUUAGCGCCUCCCUCCCUCUUUGUGAGUUCCAUGCAAGUCUUAAUCGGGACCAUUACGCCAGAUCAGUUCCCAGAGGCGCUGGACGACCUGCCUUUGCCACACUUCCUGAAGCCCUUGGACCUGAAACUGAAGAGUUAAGAACUUUCCCCCCGGGAUGUCCUUCCUUCGCAGUUCCCGCUUGCGUGAUGAAAAUAGGGCUCUCGGCUCUUGCGCGGAGAGCCGGUGUGUUUAAUAUAAAAACUGUGGGAGCGGGAGAAGCAUUUGUUUUCAUUAGAAUUUGUUUUUUUAAA